AUGCCAGCCUCGUCCAGCCUCCCCAUGCGCUCUGGCGACCCGCGACGGGUGUUCCUCCUUCGCCUGCCCAAGAUCUCGCUCGGCCCCAGGAAGCGCGAGUUCCUGGUCUACUUUGCGGGUGCACUGUUCGCGUUCGGUUGGUGGGCCUUCCUCGACGCUGCGGUCCUCUCGUCGCACGCCAAGCCCAUCAGCGACCCCGAUACGCCCUAUGAUCCGAUCCCAGUCCAUGUCACCUUCGCCGACUGGGCACCCGGACUCUGCGCGACCCUCGGGAUGAUCAUCGUCAACCUGAUUGACAAGGCGCGGCUCAUGAGCGACGACUGGGACGGCAGCUGGAGCGGCGGAGGAGCGGCGUGGAAGGCGCGGCUUUUCCUUUUUGUCGGAUUUGCGCUCAUGGCAGGAGGUCUCGCGGGCAGCAUCACCGUUUUGGUGAUCAAGUACGUCGUGCCGCACUACCCGGAGAGCUACGGGAUCAACUGGGGCGUCGCGAAUGUCCUCCAGUCGAUCGCCAUCAUGUUCAGCUCCGUUGUCCUCUGGAUCGCGCAGAAUGCCGAAGCCGAGUACGACUACAACAUCACCCUGUAG